UGUGACUUGUGUGGCCUACACAUGCGCAGCGCCGCGCGCCGCCCCGUCAGCCCCGUCAGCUGACUAUGACUAGUGUGUGACUGCGUGAAAACUUGCAUCUCCGCAGUGGGCAACGUUCAUUAUUGGGGGAACGUCGAAGCGAGAGUAUUCACGUUGCUUCCCAUCGAACGUUAGCGCACCGUUCACGAGAGAGUGAGAGAGAUCACUCGAGCUUGUUUCGAUAAUUCCUUUUCACACGGCAAAGAUGUUGUUCUUUGGAGUAUUGUCCAUUCUUUUCCUGACUGUUUCUGCGGAAAACUGUUACAACGACGUUGAGACUUUCUGCAGCACCAGCCCUAAAAGUAAUGGAUUAAUACCACACUGUAAUGCUAAAUAUGGACAUAUUGACGAUCUUGAGAUUAACUUACGAGAGUUUGCGAUCGCUAAUAUUGAAAAAAGUUUUGAAUUUCUUCUGAUGUCUACGCAUUUCGGAAACUAUGAGGCUAAUCGAGAAGGGUUUAAGGGAUUGUACCGUCAACUCUCAGACAAAUUGUGGCAAGAUGCGAUAGAUUUGAUCAAAUAUAUCACACAGCGUGGUGGCUCGAUGGACAUAAAUCAGCUUCCACAUGAAAACGCUACGGAAACUGCAAAAGACAGUAGCAACGAGCGCGGCAAAGUAGUGGAACUGACUGAAUUGAAUAGUCUGGCUAAAGCACUCGAGAGUCAGAAGCAACUUGCCAACGAAGCGUUACGCAUUCACUCGCUAACGCAGCAUCACACCAAAAACGAUGCGGCUGUUGCUCAUUAUAUCGAGGAACAUUUCAUGGAAUCGUUGUCCGAACGUGUGAGACAGCUAGCAGGUUAUUCAAAUGACCUUAAGAACAUGCUAAAAGAUACAGAUGACGCAUCUCUUUCUGUAUUCCUGUUUGACGAAUACCUUCAGAAAACCUUGUAAUAAGCUAUCCACAACAACUUGGAAUACAUACAUAUACGUUAAUUAUAUUAUUAUUAUUAUUUUUGUCUUUAUCUAUCUUCAAUCGAUGUUACAUCUUUUAUAUGUAAAAUACAAGAAAUAAAUGCAUAUAGAAAUUUAUUAUA